AGCGGCCAUGAAAGUUGAUUUGGAAGCUCGCGUAUAACAAUCUAAAGUUGUGCUUGGGUACAGAAAAGAACGAUCUUGGGAGAGCAUACAUACCUCGGUCAAUCCUUUGAAGUAUCGAGAUCCCAACAUUUCGUCAGAGGGCUUGCUACGCCACUUUCCCCUCCAACGAUUUUGGUUCAAGCCGCGUUUUCGUACCGCCAAUUCCGGGCUGCCAUCCAAUCCUUCCGAACCGCCAACAUCUAAACAAAUCACAUUGCAUCGGAUUUUGGGAAAUCCAACAAUUAUCCUGAAAGAUGAGCAAAUUCGGAGUUAUGGUCAUGGGGCCGGCGGGGGCGGGCAAGUCUACGUUUUGCGCAUCCCUAAUCACCCACCUCCGUAUGAACCGUAGAUCUUCAUUCUACGUCAACCUUGACCCGGCAGCGGAAUCAUUCGAGCACACGCCAGACCUGGAUAUCAAAGACCUAAUUUCACUCGAAGAUGUCAUGGAGGAGAUGGGCUUGGGCCCGAACGGCGGGUUGAUAUAUUGCUUCGAGUUCCUAAUGGAAAACCUUGACUUUCUGACAGAGGCGCUCGAGUCCCUGACUGAAGAGUACCUCAUCAUUAUCGACAUGCCGGGCCAGAUCGAGCUGUACACGCACAUCCCGAUCCUCCCGGCCCUCGUCAAAUUCCUCACACAAUCCGGUGCUCUCGACAUAAGACUAUGCGCCGCCUACCUCCUCGAGGCCACAUUCGUCGUCGACCGCCCCAAGUUCUUUGCCGGAACGUUGAGCGCCAUGAGUGCCAUGAUAAUGCUCGAGGUGCCACAUAUCAACAUAUUAUCCAAGAUGGAUUUGGUCAAGGGCCAGGUGCGCAAAAGAGAUCUGAAGCGAUUUAUCAACCCCGACGUAUCAUUACUGGAGGACGAUCCCGCGAACAAGGGGAACCAAGCCGCCGCAGGAGACGAAGAUUUCGACGAAGAGCAGAGGCCGCCGCAGGACACAGAUGUACUGAUGCGCGGUGCGAGUUUCAGGCGGCUGAACAAGGCCGUGGCGAAUCUGAUCGAGCAGUUCAGCAUGGUCAGCUAUUUGAGGCUCGACUCGUCCGACGAAGACAGCGUUGGCGCCAUCCUGAGCUACAUCGACGAUUGCAUACAGUUCCACGAAGCCCAGGAGCCUAGGGAACUAAAGGACGAGGAGUUUGAAGAGGCGGAAGAGUAACGAUAAAAACGAAAGAUAAUACCCAAGAGAAGAAUGAUGUAGAACAGAAGUGGCAUGUUUACUGGAGGGCGCACAUACCCAAAUGAACAACUGGCGUAAGGACAUGUCGUCAUGAUGGUAGUAGGCUGGAGUCUGUCUCCGACAUCACCUGAGUUCCGACCUAACGAUGACUCCGCGCGUUUGCAUAGGCACCUCUCUGUGCCUCUCCGUUUGCAGCAGCAGCCUGGUAGUUACCAUACUCCCGAAGCCAGAUGUCCUUGGCCCAGGCCACAUAUCCAGACAGCUUCCCACCGACGACAAAUACGUCCCGCAUGGACUGUUCCAACCCUCUCUGGUAUGCCAUAGAUAGUAAACUGACAAUGAAGGCGAGGAUGGUGGCGCGCACCACCAUCCUCGUCCAGAACAUGACCACGCGGCGCAUCCAGUUGAGGACCUGGAACGCCAGGUAGAGUACGGUGAGUGUGAAGAUUAUGACGACAACGUCUGGGGAGUCGUACAAUGCGCCGAGGAACCGGCUCACGAGCGGCUGGACGAAGGGAUACAUGACGUCGA